GAGGGGUCUUCUCUCGCCCUGCAUAUAAUUAGCCUGCACACAAAGGGAGCAGCUGAAUGGAGGUUGUCACUCUCUGGAAAAGGAUUUCUGACCGAGCGCUUCCAAUGGACGUUCUCCAGUCUCUCUGGAAAGAUUCUCGCUAAUGGAUUUCCUGCUGCUCGGUCUCUGUCUAUACUGGCUGCUGAGAAGGCCCUCGGGGGUGGUCUUGUGUCUGCUGGGGGCCUGCUUUCAGAUGCUGCCCGCCGCCCCCAGCGGGUGCCCGCAGCUGUGCCGGUGUGAGGGGCGGCUGCUGUACUGCGAGGCGCUCAACUUCACCGAGGCGCCCCACAACCUGUCCGGCCUGCUGGGCUUGUCCCUGCGCUACAACAGCCUCUCGGAGCUGCGCGCCGGCCAGUUCACGGGGUUAAUGCAGCUCACGUGGCUCUAUCUGGAUCACAAUCACAUCUGCUCGGUGCAGGGGGACGCCUUUCAGAAACUGCGCCGAGUUAAGGAACUCACGCUGAGUUCCAACCAGAUCACCCAACUGGCUAACACCACCUUCCGGCCCAUGCCCAACCUGCGCAGCGUGGACCUUUCCUACAACAAGCUGCAGGCGCUCGCGCCCGACCUCUUCCACGGGCUGCGGAAGCUCACCACGCUGCACAUGCGGGCCAACGCCAUCCAGUUCGUACCCGUGCGCAUCUUCCAGGACUGCCGCAGCCUCAAGUUUCUCGACAUAGGAUACAAUCAGCUCAAGAGUCUGGCGCGCAACUCUUUCGCCGGCUUAUUCAAGCUCACCGAGCUGCACCUGGAGCACAACGACUUGGUCAAGGUGAACUUCGCCCACUUCCCGCGCCUCAUCUCCCUGCACUCGCUCUGCCUGCGGAGGAACAAGGUGGCCAUUGUGGUCAGCUCCCUGGACUGGGUUUGGAACCUGGAGAAAAUGGACCUGUCGGGCAAUGAGAUCGAGUACAUGGAGCCCCAUGUGUUUGAGACCGUGCCGCACCUGCAGUCCCUGCAGCUGGACUCCAACCGCCUCACCUACAUAGAGCCGCGCGUCCUCAACUCCUGGAAGUCGCUUACGAGCAUUACCCUGGCCGGGAACCUGUGGGACUGUGGGCGCAACGUGUGUGCCCUGGCGACUUGGCUCAGCAACUUCCCGGGGCGCUACGACGGCAGCUUGCAGUGCGCCAGCCCCGAGUACGCACAGGGCGAGGACGUCCUAGACGCCGUGUACGCCUUCCACCUGUGCGAGGAUGGGGCCGAGCCCACCAGCGGCCACCUCCUCUCGGCCGUCACCAAUCGCAGCGACCUGGGACCCCCUGACAGCUCUGCCACCACGCUCGCGGACGGCGGGGAGGGGCAGUACGACGGCACACCCGAUCCCGCCACGGUGGCUCUCCCCGGCGGCGAGCACGCAGAGAACGCCGUGCAGAUCCACAAAGUGGUCACCGGCACCAUGGCCCUCAUCUUCUCCUUCCUCAUUGUGGUCCUGGUGCUCUACGUGUCCUGGAAGUGUUUCCCAGCCAGUCUCAGGCAGCUCAGACAGUGCUUUGUCACGCAGCGCAGGAAGCAAAAGCAGAAACAGACCAUGCAUCAGAUGGCUGCCAUGUCUGCCCAGGAAUACUAUGUUGAUUACAAACCGAACCACAUUGAGGGAGCCCUGGUGAUCAUCAAUGAGUAUGGCUCGUGCACCUGCCACCAGCAGCCCGCGAGGGAAUGCGAGGUGUGAUUGUCCCAGUGGCUCUCAACCCAUGCGCUACCAAAUACGCCUGGGCAGCCGCGCAGGCCGGCGGGCACCGGGCCGGGGUCUCCUUGUCUGUGCUGAUAUGCUCCUUGACUGAAACUGUACGGGGCUCUCUCCCAGAGACUGGACAUUUUAGCUUUAUUGUGUCUUAAAAACAAAAACGAAAUAAAACACAACAACACCCCACCCCACAACCUUCAGGACAGUCUCUUAGAUUUCAUAUGAGAAAUCCUUCCUCCCUUUGAAGAUCUGCCCAUAUUCAGGAAUCUGAGAGUGUAAAA